AUGACUACUACUCGUUUAACUCCAUAUGAAAAAUUACCACGUAUUGGAAGUUCACAUGAAUAUAUUCCCCGUCCACCACCAACACGUCAUUUAACAAAAAAUCCUCGAUCAAAACAAAUUGUCAAACAAGAAAAAAUCUUAAUUGCUAUUCGUUUAAGUGAUGGAAGACGUUUACAAAAAGAAUUUUGUUCAACUGAUAAAAUAUCUGAUAUUAUUAAAUAUAUUAAAACACAACAAAUGAAUUUAUCUGAUGAGAUUUAUCUUAGUAGUGGUGAUGUUCCAAAAAGACAAUUUAAAGAUUUAAAUUUAACACUUUUACAAGCUAAUAUUCAAACACAUACUGUUCUUUUUGUUGAUAGAUAUUAA